CGUCGUUUCGUGCGGUUUCCCGGGUUGCCGCCAAGCUACAUUCUCGAAGGCACCGGACUACCGCCAUCCAUUCCACAAUCCCGAAACAUCGGAUAUUCGAACAUGAGAUUCGGUAGCAGUCAAUAUAAUCCAGGAUGGCGACAGCAAAAGUCUUACUGGAGGCAGUUUUCCGGCCCACCACAUAGUUUGGCAUCCGAGUAUCCAGUUGUGAGGCCAUCGGCACCGGUUAUGGGACACAGGACGCCGAGACUGAUAUUCAGAGAUAAUGAUUUUCCCAUCGUAUCCGGAAGCAAUAAUAAUUUUUUUCAAUCGAACCAGUUAUCGGAAAUCGAAGACGACUACAGGGAUCACCGAAAACAAAUUUUCAACGAAUAUCCCCGGAUAGAAACAGAACCGCGGAAAGAAAAGAGACCGACGUGGAAGGGUGACGAUUCGUUGUGCGCUGACGGUCGGAGCUGCGAAUUUUUUCUAAUGUGCUGGAUGUCCGCGGGCUUACUGGACGGCAGUUGCGGCGGCAUUAUGUACGCCUGCUGCCAUCGGACUAAAGACGCGGCUAAGGCAAGCAAUGAUUAUAAUUACGUCGACGAGCCACGAGAUCAGAUACAGUCCCUUGCCAGCGACCCUUACGUUGCUGAGGCCACCAGUGACGAUCAGUGUGGUAUUUCGGCUACAAAACAGACGGCCCAGAGAAGAAUUGUUGGCGGCGAUGAGGCUGGCUUCGGUACCUUUCCCUGGCAGGCUUAUAUUAGAAUAGGAUCCAGUAGAUGUGGAGGUACACUUGUGAAUCGCUUUCACGUUGUUACAGCCGGUCACUGCGUAGCCAAGGCGGCUCCUCGUCAAGUACAAGUAACACUCGGCGACUACGUCGUCAAUUCGGCACAAGAGUCGCUACCGGCUUACACUUUUGGCGUAAGGGAGAUACGAGUACAUCCACACUUCAAGUUCACACCACAGGCCGACAGAUUUGAUGUCGCUGUUUUGAGGCUUGAUCGACCAGUGCACUACAUGCCUCAUAUUGCUCCAAUAUGUUUACCAGAAAAGAAUGAGGAUUUUCUCGGACAAUAUGGCUGGGCUGCCGGUUGGGGUGCUCUUCAAGCAGGAUCGAGGCUACGACCGAAAACCUUACAGGCUGUGGACGUACCCGUAAUAGACAACCGCAUGUGCGAACGCUGGCACCGUUCUAACGGCAUUCAUGUUGUUAUCUACGAUGAAAUGAUGUGUGCUGGCUAUCGGGGAGGGGGUAAGGAUUCGUGCCAGGGCGACAGUGGCGGUCCUUUGAUGCUGGAAAAGACAGGAAAAUGGUAUCUCAUUGGCAUUGUUUCUGCUGGUUAUUCUUGUGCACAACCAGGACAGCCAGGAAUUUACCAUCGAGUUGCGAAGACAGUGGAUUGGAUAAGUUAUAUCAUUAAUUCGUAGCACGACGAAUUUAUUGAGAGCGAAAUAUCGACGACUGUGGUAUAGAAAGAAAUUGUUGACAAUUGAAAUAUUUAUUUCUACCAUUCUAUACCAAAGUCAGGAUCAUUAUAUUAUUUGUCAAUCUAAAUUAUUUCGUUUGACUAUUAUAUCUCUAAAUUAUACAAAUUACUAUUGAGUAUGAUACCAAAAACUACGGUCUCUGAUUAUUUUUAUUGUUUUAUGGUUAUAAGUAAAUUAAUUUUGAGCAUUGAUAGCAUUAGAAUUUUGAAAUGAUAUCAAAUGUAAUUAUCAGUAGAUAAAAAACUGAG